GACUUGAAGAAUUUACAGACAGCAGUUGCUAGUAUGGCUGCAAAACUUAUUGAGCUCAAGCCACCUCCUUAUCCGCUGGAUGCGUUGGAACCACAUAUGAGCCGAGAAACCCUUGAGUACCAUUGGGGAAAACACCAUAGAAGUUACGUAGACAACUUAAAUAAGCAAAUCUCAGGGACACAGUUGAAUGGAUUGUCCUUGGAACACAUCAUAAUUGCUACAUACAACAAGGGUGAUAUACUCCCUGCUUUUAACAAUGCUGCACAGGCCUGGAACCAUGAGUUCUUCUGGGAAUCUAUGAAACCAGGUGGUGGAGGAAAGCCAACAGGAGAACUGCUAGAUUUGAUCGAAAGAGACUUUGGUUCUUUUGAAAAAUUUGCAGAAGAAUUCAGAACCGACGACCUGAUUACAUAUCAACAUUCAUGGAGAAUCUUGUGUCAUGGGAUGCAGUCAGUUUAAGACUUGAGAAAGCAAAGGCUCCAGUUGCUUGAGAAAGAAGAAAGUGGAAAAAAAAUAGGAGAAGCUAGGAAGUAUCUGAUUGAGGUGAAGAAGAGGCGAAUAAAGAAAACAGUGAUAUUGUCUGUAUUAGUGUUAGAGUGGCUUAUGUGAUUCAAUGAAAUUUCGCCUCAUGAAGAGUUAUUGUUUCCUCCAAAAUCUACAUUUGCUAGCAGUUUGUAUGUCAUUUCUAUAUAUAUUUUCAAUAAGAUUCUCUACUAAUU